GGAAUGUACUCUCGAAGAUCCAUUUUAUUCAUCUUUUUAUAGCCUUACCCCAGGUGAUGAUCAUGUUUUGUACUAUAGUAUUAUUAUAUUUUAUAAAAAAAAUAUUGACUAGUAAUUUCUUCUUUUUUUUAUGGGUGCAGGAGAGUUAUGCUAUGAUGAAAUUGGAAAUGAAGUUAGAAUGUUGAAUGAAAUGAGUGGUGAAUUAAUCGGAAAUGGGCACCAACAAGUGUUGUUAUGUGAUAACAUUAAUCAACAAGAAAUAGUGGGUAAUGAGGAAAUUAUUGUAACGGAAAAAGAGAAGGAUAAUAUUAGAGAGGAGAUUAAUAGUUCAAGAAUGUUAUCACGAGAUGCAAUUUCAAAGUAUUUUUAUAUGCCAAUUACUCGAGCUGCAAAGGAGCUUAAUAUCGGGUUGACACUUUUGAAGAAAAGAUGUAGGGAUUUGGGUAUUAGAAGAUGGCCUCAUAGGAAGUUGAUGAGUCUUCAAACAUUAAUCAAGAAUGUUAAGGAAUUGGAGAAGGUGGGAGGAAAUGGUAUGGAAGAAAAGUUGAAGGAUGUGAUAAAGCUAUUAGAGAAAGAGAAGAAGAAGAUGGAAGAAAUACCAGACAUGGAACUUGAGGAGAAGACGAAGAGAUUAAGGCAAGCUUGCUUUAAGGCUAACUACAAGAGGAGAAGACUCUUGUGUAUGCCAGAAUUACAUGCUUCUUUUGGUAGUUAUUGCUCUACUACUCCUUCUCUUGAUGAUAAUGUUGCUAUUGGUGAUCAACAUGAAGAAGAUGAUGAAGAGAUUAAGUCUCUUCUUGCUGACUGUUUCUCUUACAAUAGUCCAACGUUGCAUGACUAGACUUUUUUUUUUUAUGUUUUUUUUUGGUUAGCAUCUAUGUUAUUAUUAGCGCGGUUAGAAGGAUGUUAGACGCAACAGUAAAGUUAUUUUAGUGCAGUGUAAUUGAUCAGAUCUUGAAAUCAAUUACUAAUGUUCUGUGUCGAUAUAAAUCGCCUAUAUCACAUCCAUUUGAGAUGUGAUACUUCUUUAUAUAAAUCAUGUGUGAAAUGCUUGUUUGCUAGAAGUUAGUUUAGAAUUUUUUUCAGGAAUGACAGAUUAGUUAAUAGGAAAAUGGAUCAAAAGAUGUUCUUUUGACAUUACAUAUCAGAAAUGGUAUAUUAAUAAAUUUAUGAUAAAUAAAUUAAAAUAUAGUAACUUGAUGUAUAU